AUGUUGCAGGAACUGGGAGAGAAGUUGCAGCCCUUUGCUAGUUAUGAGACUGGUUUCCCUCAGGGACUUGUGAAUAUGCUGGCCUGUAACUGGAGAGAACUCACUGAGGGGACUGAUUGUAAUAAAUGGCACCAGAAGUCACUAGCAUACGAAAGUGUGAGAUCCAGGAGAAGGCAGGCCUCAGAGGAAGCUAAGAAUGGUGCUCCCGGGUCCAAAUGUAUGCAGCAUGAAAUCCCUGCCAUCAGAAAAGACCAAUACAAGAGGAGCUUUGCUCUGUCAGCCUGUGCUACAAAGGAAAAAAGAAAUGCUGAGACAGCAUCAAACACACCUCUAGGAAGUAAAGCUCCUGUUGUGCAAAACCAUACCAGCCAGUCACCUGUCGCAAUCAGCUUCUCGCUGUCAUCCAAAAUUUGUGAGGAAAGAGGUUGGAUUUUCCAGCCCUCUGACUCAAAUGCUGAAGAUCUGCCUUAUGUGCGGGCACUGAAGAGACUACAACAAAUUCAAAAACAAAUCAGCACCAUAACAAUGAUGUUUAAUCAGGAAGGAGGUCUGGUGACUAAUAAAGAUGGAGAAAUGGCCAGAGAAUGGAAAUGGCCUCGGGAUGGCAAGCUUGCCCAGCCAGUUAUAAUACAGGUUAAUGAAUACAUUACAGUGAGGAUUGCAGGGCGCUUUGCAAUUAGCUUGAUCUACAACUGGCAACAUGAAAGCGUGUGCUUGUCUUUGUCACCACUGCAGGGUGCGGCUCUUCCACAGUUAGAAGAGUUGCCAAAGUUGACAGAGUUAUUGAAGAAAUACAAAGGUCCAGAGGAGACUAUAAGCCAUGUAAAUGAUAUCAGUGCAGCUAGAGAACUGAGGAAGCUACAGAGGAAGAUCCGGAGCAUUGUGGAGGACUGGCUGGAGCAUUAUCGAACUGCCCUAGUUUGGAUCACACAGCAGACAAGUUACAUGUAUAAGCACAUGAACACCAUCAGUUACCAAAUGAAGGCCAAGGUCAUAUCCCAGACUGCUUGCCCUGCUGUUCUUCGGAGAAUUAUGAUGGGGGAGGAAGGGAAGACAUGCAGAUGUAGUAAUCGUAAGAUUCCCAAUGUGUCCGACCUGGAAUAUGAUCACCUAAUUAACAAUCAGAUGUCCUCCAAGGAGCAGAUCGUAGUGGUCUGUGUCUCUUCUUCUUCACAAAUAAAAAAAGAUCCUAGUGAAGACAAAUUAGAGCAGCUGUAUGAAAGAAAAAACAAGAACAGAAGUAUGCCUUGUGCUCAGGGUUGUCUGGAUUCCUUUCGCCUCCUCAAAUAUGACAUCACCUCUGCAGAUGCAUAUACUGAUCAUAAAGGUUCUUUACUGGUACAGAGACAUAACGUAGCUCCUGGCAUGUUUUUGAUGUACAUUCAAGGAAAGCUACUCUUUGCCAACUAUAUUUUCAAUGGAUACAGCAAAUCAACUGAAGACCUUCAAAAACAAGUGGCUAAGACAAGGAGUGAUUACCGCAUGGGUUACUGUCUUCCGAGCAAUUUCAGGUUCAGUACUUUGGGCCCACUGUAG